UGUGGUGGUUACGUGAUGUUGUGGUGGUUUCGUGAUGCAAUGAUGCAUUGACAUUUAAUGUUUUGUGUGAUUUGACACGUCGAGUUUCCUCAUAGGAAGAAGACGCUUUGGUUUAAGGACGUGCUAUGAGUUUUAGAUAACGUUUUAUUCUAGAGCAGAAAAGAGUAACAGUGUUGCUUUGAAUUUUGAUUUUGAGGUGACACAUAGUGAAAAUGUUACCACUUUCAAAGAACUGCUUCAAAACUGUUUCGUCCCUCUGCUCAGCCUACCCCUUAGGUCUUUCCAGCAAGUACAUCCUAAGAAAUGGAUUCGGUUCACUGAAACAACAAGUUUCAUUGACAGCUCAUAGGCAAACCACAUCUUUAGCUGCAUCCGCAUCUGCAUCUGUGAGAGCUGCGCCCAAAAAUGAGAGAUUGGUUGGAUAUUGGCUUUUGGGAUGUGGUUCCAUGGUUUUUGGUGCAGUUGUGCUAGGUGGAGUAACACGCCUUACUGAGUCUGGGUUGUCAAUGGUAACAUGGAGAUUACUUGGUGAAAAGAGACCAGUCACACAAGCAGAAUGGGAAGCUGAGUUUCUUAAGUAUCAACAAUUUCCAGAGUUCAAGAUAAAAAACAGAGAUAUCACUUUAAAUGAGUUCAAAUGGAUCUGGUGGAUGGAAUAUGCGCAUCGGAUGUGGGGACGUACACUUGGUGCAGCAUUCUUGAUCCCAGCUGCAUUUUUUUGGGCUCGUGGUUAUCUAAGACCCGCUAUGAAGAAGCGUGUUUUGGCAUUUGGUACAUUAAUUGGUUUGCAGGGCCUGAUGGGCUGGUAUAUGGUACAAUCAGGAUUGGAGGAUCGUUUCCAUGGAGAGAGUGACGUUCCAAGAGUGUCUCAGUACCGCUUGGCAUCACAUCUUAGUGUUGCAUUUGUGUUGUAUACACUCUUUUUGUGGUCUGCUCUUGACAUUCUGCUACCAGCACAAGCAGCUACACUUGUGAAUAAGGCAACACGCCGAUUUAGAAUGCUUGCACACACAUGCAAGGGCCUGGUAUUCUUCACUGCUGUAUCAGGUGCGUUUGUUGCUGGUCUGGAUGCAGGACUUGUGUACAAUUCAUUCCCAAAAAUGGCAGAUCGGUGGAUACCAGAUGAUAUUCUAGCAUAUUCUCCACCACUUUCAAAUAUAACAGAAAACCCGACAACUGUGCAGUUCAACCACAGGAUUCUGGGAACAUCUACACUGGGAAUAAUUACGGGGAUGUGGCUACUGUCACGUAAGAGGGUUCUUCCACCCCGUGCUUACACAGCAGCAACUGCUGUGGCUGUCAUGGCCUGGUUGCAGGUUACACUUGGAAUCACCACACUUCUCACAUAUGUUCCUGUCCCAGUUGCUGCAAGCCAUCAGUCUGGCUCACUUGUUCUACUGUCAUUACUUGUGUGGCUCACUCAUGAAUUGAAAUAUGUCAAAAAGUUACCAAAGUAAUGGAAAUAUAAAUGAUUGUUACCAACCA